UGCAUAUUCUCCUCUGUUUCCUUCUUGAUUAUUUCGUUCUUUGGGUUUCCUUGUCUCUAUCUUAAGAUUAGUUUACUCAUUAACCAUUCUUGAAUACUUCCCAGCCUCUCUGUUUCUUCUGGUUUUCUUGGGCUUUUUUCUGUUAAGUUGUCUCGGCGCGACUUGAAGAAAUAAUUAAAGCCGUAUUGCUUUCUCAUUCUUGUGCCUUUCCUUAUCUGCUUAUUUGGGUGUCUUUAGAUUGUUAGAUACGAACAUGCUUGACAAAUUUUUGAAGCCGAAAUUCUAUAGAAAAUGCAAAACCCACCUGGACUGCACAAAGUCGAGACUAGAGACGAUACGGAAGAAGAGGAAAGCAGUGCUGAAGUUUCUGAAGAAUGAUAUUGCCGAUCUUCUCAAGAAUGGCCUUGACGACAGUGCAUAUGGACGAGCUGAAGGGUUCUUGAUCGAGGAAAACAUGUCAGCUUGUUACGAACUCGUUGUGAAGUUUGUUGGGUGCGUAUCAGAUCAUCUUCAAGUCCUUUCUAAGGAGAGUAAUUGCCCUGACGAAUGCAAGGAGGCUAUACCGUCGUUGAUAUAUGCUGCAGCGAGAUUUGCUGAACUGCCAGAAUUGCGGGAUCUCAGAACUCUGUUCGAGGAGAAAUUUGGGGAUUCCCUUGAACCUUUUCUAAGUAAAGAGUUUGUGGAGAAGUCGAGGCCACAACCUACCAAAGAAAUGAAGAUUCAGAUAUUAAAUGAUAUCGCACAAGAAUUCUCUAUAAAGUGGAAUAGCAAGCCUAUGGAGGAGAAACUCAAUAUGUCCUAUUCAUCACUUCAAGGCAGGCCAAGGCAGACGCCACUGAACUUGAAGUAUAUCAGUAAUGAAGAAACAUUGAGGCUCCAGAACAGUAGUGAUGACGAAACAAGUACAGACACAUCGUCCCAGGAUUGCCCAAAAACUCGCUCAAGCUCACUAGGAAGUUUUACGGAGGAUGAGCAAGAUUAUUCCAAGAAACCAUCUCAACAUAAGAUUGUUCCUCCUCCUUGCGUCAUACCAAAACUUGAUGUUAAAGAGCAAGUUGCUCAAGAAAAGCCAAAACCUAAGUCAGUCAGAACCAGAGGUCCCAAAACACCACCUGCUUAUCAAAAAACUGUUUCUGAUAUUGAUUCAAGGGAUGAAGAAGAUAGGAUAAUGGACGGGCUUUUGAUGCAUUACAGUAUGAAGAAAUCCGCUUCUGAAUCGAAGGGGCAGAAGCAGAACACAGUUAGGCACAAAAAAUCAGAUUCAGAUGGACAGCUAACAAGAGGAGUAUCCCUUCCUGCUCAACUCUCGACUUCUGUGGAACCAGAAAUGCAAACUGAAGGAGCAAAGCAUGUGCAUCCUAAGUUACCAGAUUAUGAUGACUUAACAGCUCGUCUUGCAUCUAUCAGAGGGAGAUGA